GCUGCUCUGCUGCUGCUGCAGCUUUUCUUGUUUUUGUCCCAGCUUGGCCUUUGUUCGAUUAUUUUAUUUUAUUGUAUUUUUUUAACGUGCGCUGCGAAGAUGUCCACAUAUUCGAUUCUCCUCAACAUUCUGGCUGCGCUCCUCCUGCCAGGUGCAUGGACUCAGAGCGGCAGCAGCACGCUCGGUGUGGUGGUCGAGACCAAGAACAUCACCCUGCCUGCCGGGUCCAAAGCUGUGCUGCUGUGCCACAGCCCCCGCAUGGUGUGGACCCAGGACAGACUGAAGGACCGGCAGCGGGUGGUGCACUGGGAUGUGGUUCACAGCAGCCCAGAGUAUUCUGUGGAGAGGAUCCUGGACAUGUCACCUAGAGCCCGCCAGAGGGUCUACAAUGGCUUCAACAAGGGACGUGUUUCCAUCCCAAACUCCGCCUUCAACGAUGGCAACUUCUCUCUAAUCAUCAAUGAUGUGAUCUCGUCUGAUCGAGGAGUUUACACUUGUAAUCUGCACCAUCACUACUGUCAGAUCCACCAGUCCAUUCAAAUCCAGCUCAACGUCACCAAAUCAGCUCGCAAAGAGCGGCGUUACUGGGAUGGAGAGAAGACCGUAUUCGUGGUCUUGCUGGGCAGCUCGGUGGUGUUGCCGUGUGUAAACCGGCUCCCCGUGUGGAGAGAGGGUGUCCAAGAGGACCAACAGCAGGUGGCCCACUGGGACUUCCAGCCCCCAGGAGUGCGUCCUAAUGGAGCCGAACGCCUGGUGGACCUCUACGCUUCAGGAGAGCGUCGGGAUUAUGGGCCGCUGUUCAGCCAAAACAAGAUGAGUGUGGCCGAGGACGCCUUCAUGGUGGGGGACUUCUCACUGUCCAUCUCUGACUUGAAGCCUGUCGACAAAGGCCUGUACCACUGUCACCUGCACCACCACUACUGUGGCCUGCACGAGAGACGCAUCUUCAGGCUGAACGUGGGGCCGCCACCUUCCACUGCCCCAACUACUGCUCUGCAGAAUGACAAGCCAGAACCAAGUAUUGAAGAUGUGGAGCGGACUCGCGUGGUGAAUGUCAUCCUCCCAGAGCAUCGAGGUCAUUUCAUGCAACAGCUAGGCUACUUUUUGGCAACCUUCUUGCUGUUGGCGUUUAUUGUCGUGGUGGUCAUCCUGCUGACACGCCGUCGUAAAAAGCAAGGGCUUGAGUACAACCUUCGUCGAUCUGAUCGAGAGUAUGUAAACAGUGGAGGUGAAAGUUCUUCAGACAGCACUGAGCUGAAGGCCUUUAACCCGGAACCUCUGAAUUCAGACUACAAAAACAACCUUCUGAAAGAGCAAGAAAUGGCCAAAGACUGCAAUAAGGCAUUUGAUGGAAAGCUGUGGAAGUGAGUGACGCGUUUUUGAGAUGCUGCUGGCAGGUCCAGAGCAAACAUCACAAGAGUAAUCAAGAGACGGAAAAAGGAAAAGUGAAAACCCAGG